UCCCCUUCCAAUGACCGGCGGCGCACGGUGGAGAUGGCGCACGGCGGCCGUUCUGUGGCGUCUCGGGCACAACCACGAGAUGCCCAUGGCCGCUGGUGUGCCAGCGGCACUGUGCAUAAGACUGAGACGAAGCACGGCGCUCCGUCCAUGGUGGGCCGGCGACUCCACCACGCUUCCCCCUCAUGGGGCAGCGGCUACAAUGGCGAGGCUUCGGCAACUGGGCACGCGCGCUCGGUUCCAGCCAUGGAGGGCCAUGGAUUCCAGCGCGCUUCCCCCUCCUCGAGCAACGGCUCUAACGGCGACGUAAAGCUAGCCAUGGCGGCUCCAACCGGAGGCCCGAGCUCCUGCAGCAGAGGACGCCCCGAGCUCUCAUCGACUUGACCCAAGAUGACGACAAGGGAAAGGGGAAGAAGCCGGUUCCAGCCAUGGAGGGCCCCAAGAUGCACACUCCGCAGGGAUACUGGAAGAAGCAGGCAAUCCCUUCGGAGCAUGCUCAGAAAAUCGAGGCCCUGCACAACAAGUUACAAACACAAGUCAGCAAGAUCAAUGGACUAGUCGAAGAGCUUGCAAAGGCACAAGCACAGAAGAAGGCGAUUGAACAAGCGCUGAAGAAAGAACAACUCAAGAUAUCCAAGAAUUGGCAGGUGGAAACGCGAAUGGUUGCCGUGACUGUGACUGCACCAACAGAGCCAAGGAAUGGAGGCUCACUUCAUGCAGGACUUGUCGGUGCAUUGGUUAUGUGCCUAGAUGAUGUACUGCUUAUGUACCUGAAUGAUGCACUGUGACAUCUCUUUUGGUUUGUAAAUAAGUAGGUUAAUGAUGUACUGGUUAUCUCCUAUUUUCAUGCACCUAUCUGUGUAAAUAUGCCUGAAUGAUAUGUGCCUAUUUGUCUCCUAUUAUGUA